AUGGAUAUGAAUGAAUAUGUACCAAAAUCUUCUGAACAACCCAGCGUGCAAGACGGCUUAUUGAAAAAGAAGAAAAAAACGUGUCAUGGUAAUCGAAAAUUACAACAUUUUAGACGCAAAUGUCGAGCAAAAGGAAUGACUGAUCAAGCAAUUGAAAUGUUAAUAUUGCUUAAAAAAGAAAAUAUAUCAAUGCAUCAAAAUACUCAACAAACAUAUGAAGAACAAAUGGAUGGAUAUUUUAUAGUAAAUACGAAUCGUACAAAUGAAUAUCAAUAUAGUGAUGAGAAUUUAGAACUUAAUUCAAUCGAUGAAUCAUUUAUAUUAUUACAACCUAAAGCAAAAGAAGAAUGGUCUUCAUUACCGGCUACAACGUAUCCAAAAAGACGCAAAUGUUACAAUUUAUCUAAUGAUCAUUGGAAACAAGUGUUAAAACUUAUACCAAAUUAUAAAAAAUUAUCUCCUAAUCAAUUCAAAGAUGUGCUAACUGGAUUGAUUCCUCAUUCUUCUCAUCAUCAUAUCAAAGGAUGGUUAACAGAUUUUACAAUGUUACAAUUUCUACAACAACAUGCUGAAUUAAUGUGUACUGUUUUACAAUUAAAAAUCGAACAAGAUUAUUGGAAUAAUAUAGCCAAUUUGAUAACCAUACCUGUAGUAGUUUGGUUAUCAGAAGCUGGUAAAGAUAUUACGAAACAAAAUUCUAUCAAUUGGGAUCAUACGAAAACAAAAAUAAAUAUUCAACAUCGACAAAAAAUCAUUGAAAAUAAAUUACAACAAACAGAAUAUAAUUUAAACAUUCAUUUACAACAACCAUGUCCAUUCGAUUGUGAAAUAUACAAUAAGACUUCUAUGGAUCAUUUCUUGAACAUCAUCUCUAAUGUUCUUGUUACUCUUGUCGAAAAUAGUCUGUAUUAUUUGCAUACCAACUUUGAACAGAAGAAAAUCUUAUUAAACUUUGAUAUCACUGAUGCAAAUCUUGUCAAAUCAUUCUAUGAUUUAAAUCCAACAGUGGAACAGAUUGUUAUCGUUCGAAAAAUUUGGCGAGAUCAACUCGAACUUUGCAAAAAAGUAAUUCGUCAAAAAAAGAAGAAUCGUUCAAGCUCGAUAUAUCAACAAAUUGCAUGGAAGAAUGGUGCUGCUCUUGAACAAGAUCCAUUACUUUUAAACGGUUUAUUCAGUGCAUCAAUGUAUCAAAUUAUUCAAGAUCGUUUGAAAAAUAUGAAAAAACGUACUAAACAAUUAUUAGGAUUCGUUCAUACUAUCGAUGACAAUAUUUUCUUCUAA